AAGGAUAACUACCCUUUUCUCAAAGAUCAAAUUUCAAGUCUAUAUAUAUAGCAUGAUUGUGAUGAGGGUAUCUCAUAUUCUCACAUUAUGGAAGGAAGUUCUCGAACUCUUUCUUAUACCAUAAGAUUCGUUGGUCUACUUGGUAGUCAUGCUCUUGGUAGUAAUCCAAGGUUCAUGGCUACAGCGGUCGAUCUAGGACGGGAAUUGGUAAGGCGAAAAGUCAGGCUUACCUACGGAGGAGGCAAUGUUGGCCUUCAAGGAGCUGUUGCUUCAACAGUCUUUACCAAUGGUGGUCUCGUUAGAGGUUUCAUUCCUGGUUACAUAGCAACACGAGGUGUCUACGGACCUACUUACGGUGUAGAGCAUACAGUUUCCAGCAACUAUUACAAGUAUUUCGAGAUGAAUCACGCCGUGGAAGCUUUCAUCAUUCUUCCCGGAGGAGUUGACACUAUGGAAGGUUUGUUCACCUUGAUUUCGUGGGCUUUUGAAGGAUUACACAAUAGACCCAUUGGUCUUUUGAACAUUGAUGGUUAUUUCAAUAGCCUAAUCAAAUUUCUAGACGAUGCGGUGAGGCAGAACUUCAUGGCUUCCAGUCAGAGAAAACUUUUCAUUUCUUCUUUCUUUGUUGGUGAGCUUUUAGACAAACUAGAGUUUGCUAAAGCUUUUCCGACUUUUGGGACUAAUUAUGACGAGUUCGCAAAUCCUGGGGGAUUGGAUUUGGAGUUACAUUUGUAAUAUUACUUCAUGUAAUCCCAGUUGUAUUUGUGUCGGAAUGAUAUUAUCCGUUGUAUGGCCAGUGCGAGCUAUAUUCUCUUCAUUCUUCAGUCUUUCAUUGUUGGUGUCACUGAUUCACGUCAUGUUUUGUAUCAUCAUCACGAUCGCGAUCUUUCACGUCGAUAGGAUAUCCGAACGAGUCAACUACCUUAUUGAUUUGUCUUUUGAGCAUCUUCAUUUAUUCAGUCAGAUUACAUUGAUGUUU